AUGUCCGACGAGGCCUUGGCGGCUAUGGGCUACAAGGCCGAGACCCUGGCGACGGGCGAUGUCACCCUCACCACCCGGACCUCCGUGAAGUUCUUCGCGGAGUUGCUACGGGACCAGGUUCUGGAGCGACUGGUGCGCGUCACCAACGUUGGGUCCCAAACCAACCACUGCCACCUCGUCGCUCUUGGACCCGACGGCUUCUUCCUGUACACAUGCCUGAGGAUCCUCGUCGAAGGUCUCGGCUUCCGACAUGCCCUCCGGGCCAUCCUCGACGCGGAUCUCGGGUUCACCGGAGCAUGUAUCGCACCCCGCUGGCGUGAUGGAAUUAUGCCGUGGACGAUGGCACCGCUCGCCGCUAAGCCGGCGGUGCUAGCGACGACAGCUACGGGGGUUCCGGGAGAGAUGCCGGCCCCACCUGCGGAUUCGGGCAUCGACAACAUCCCUGGCAUUUCACGCGUCCUGGACAACCUCAAGAACCAAGCGCGCCAGAUGGUCGAGGUGGAGCUGAGGUCGCAAAACAACGCGUCCACGAGCCGGGUGUUCAAGGGAGUCAUUACCACGCCUACGACCGCACCCGAAACGCCGGAAACGCCGGAGGGGGGGGGAGUGGGCGCGACGCAGGACGGGGGUUCUGGGAAACGGAAAAGCAGACCAGCCGGGGGGGGGCAAACGGACGCGGCCGGAGCGGGUCGGCAGGAAGAGGUGGAAGGGGAGGGGCGUGCGCUGUUGUUUCAGCGGCGGGCAUUCCAAGCCCCAGCCCUGGCGGGGGGCUUCCGGCCUUGCAACAGGCGGCCGGGGCUAGCGCCACCAGCGGGGGAAGGGAGGGGGGGGGCGCUGGUGUCUCUGCCGUGGGGCUUCCGGCCAGUGCCUUCUGCGCGGGGAGGGCGCGGGCAGGGGACAGCCCGUCUCCCUUUCAAUCCCUUAGCAACGCACCUCGUGCCGGGGUGGGGCAGGCUUCGCUAGGUCUCGCGUCAACAGCAUUCGACACGGCAAGCUCCUGUGCGCCCGAGAAUUUCCAGCAAUCAAGACUGAAUGCAGAAAUGUGGCGCAGCGACAACCACAGCCACCCUCUGCCCCCAACGCCCCAAGAGCUCGCUGUGCUUGACGAGGUGCGAUCGCCCCAGCGCCAGAGCCAGACAGGGCCGUCCAAGAGGUGCACCUCCACCUGACAGCGGGACACCUGUGCGGGAGGCCAGCAUGUAAUCCAAGGAGGCACCGCCGGCGCGUGGGGAGGGCAAGGAGGAGCCGCAGGCGCGUGGGGGGUCUAGGUUUUUGGUGGGCCUGCUGUGGUGUUCUAGGUUUUUGGUGUUGGCGUAGAUACACAUUGCCGGCUGCAGCGAGCUUGAGUUGGGGGGGAGGUCUUUGUUUCGGAACCCAACAUGGGUGGUACGUCUGUGGCGGGGGUGGGCGAUACAGCGAAUGGAGCUCGGAGUUUAGCGGGGCGACUUGGGGAGAGAAGGUAAUCGUGGAGUAACCUUCGUGCGUCGUGAAGUUACCGUCAUGGGGCAGAGUAGCGACUUGCCAAAGUGUUUCUUGUGUUGUUGCGGCUUGGUGGUAGGCAACAACGGCCGCCAGCGGUGGCAGCGAUUGACGCGUUUCUUCCCGUCUGUUCUAGUGUUGUAGCCGUUCU